AUGUGUGUUAGCAUCAUAUUGCAUACUGCAGCACAACCUGUAAAGACGGAAAAGAUUCUUGAUAUUUUGGGAACGGACAACGUCAUUAUCACUGAUCUGAAGCCAGAGACAACUCUGAAGGAAGUUGAUGAUUUAUCAUAUCUUGGUGUAGCACCCGAAGCAAAGCGAACCGUUAGAAUACAACUUUCGGCAGUCUCAUUGGAAUGCUUGCCAUGUAAACAUAAUAUUUGUUCAACAUGUAUGGAAGAAUACAAAAUAUUGCCCAUUCCCGUUUGCCCAGCGGAAGAUUGUUCAGGAAAAGCAUCUGAGGUGGAUGAGUCCAAUCUGUGCGACGGUAUAUGUAAAAAAUACGUGGAAGAAGGCAAAUACAUAACGACAAGUUGCUGUCAAGCAAAAAUAUGCUCCGCUUGUUUCGAGACUAUUUCCGGUCGUAAAUAUUCAACAGGUGUUGAAGAAAGGUGUCCUUCUACUGAAUGCCUUAGACAUGCUGACAUAGCUCGAUGCCAAGCUGAAGUCAAAUGUAAAAACUUGCCAAUUAGUGGAUUCCCGUCAAAAGAUGAAUGCGAACACGCUAUGUGCAUUCAAUGCCUGGAGAAGAUGAUCGAUAACUGUGAAUCUGCUGGUUCUCUACCACGUUGUCCUAACGAAUCAUGCAAUGCGUUGUAUAAUGUGGAAUCCGUAAUCGCAAUGCGUGCAAUGCUACCGGGAAAAUCGGCAUUCUUCAAUAAACUUUCACUGGAUAAUAACUACUAUUACUUGAUCAAGGAUGAAAUAGUUACUCCAAUAAAAUUUUCUGCAAAUUUUAAAUCGGUACAGAGAUAUUGUGAAAUAGAUGUUAAACUAAGCGAUGGUACUGAAAGUAGGAAACUUCCAUUCGAUCGAAUAGGAACAAUUGCUGAUUUGAUCAGGGAGAUAAGAAGAGAAUUGAAUAUCGCUCCUGAAGAAAAGGUUUACGGAUAUUAUUUGACACGACCGUUAAAUGUCGAAGGUAAAUCUGAUGAUGAUGGCUACUGGGAUAAACCAGCAGAGAAAUUAGAUAUUAACGCCGAAUCGAUCAAUGAAACUGUGGAAAAGUUAAACCUUUCGACAGCGAUCACAAUUGUGGCUGAUAUAGCUGGAAUCGUGCAGGUUAAAAAUGAUACGGCAUUAAAUGAUACAGGAAUUUGA